AUGGCGGGUAUCUUUCGAACGAUCUAUGACUGGCUUCUGAGGAUGUUCUGGGCAACGGAGAUGGAUGUCACCAUGAUUGGGCUCCAAAAUGCAGGAAAGUCUUCUUUGUUGCGUGUUCUUGCGGGCGGCGAGUUCACUGUAGAUUCGAUCCCCACCAUUGGGUUCAACACAAAGCGUGUCCAAAAAGGACAUGUGACUCUGAAGUGCUGGGAUCUGGGGGGCCAGCCGCGAUUCCGACCGAUGUGGGAGCGGUAUUGUCGAGGCGUUAAUGCGAUCGUUUACAUUGUGGAUGCGGCAGAUCGCGCCGCUCUGCCAGUCGCGACGGAAGAGUUGCAUGACCUGAUGAAAAAGUCCACGCUCGAUGGAAUCCCCCUCCUCGUGCUGGGGAAUAAAUCGGAUCUCCCCAAUAAGUUGUCGGUGGAUGAUCUGAUCGAAGCGAUGGACCUGAAAUCCAUUACCCACCGGGAGGUGAGCUGCUAUGGUAUCAGCGCAAAAGAAGAAACCAACCUCGAUGCAGUUCUGCAUUGGUUGAUCGCUCGUGCCAGCCGGUAG